CAUCUCCGUAACUCUUCCAACAUUGCUCGCGGAUUACCCAUGCCCGACCCGUCCGACUGCUACCUAAGUUUCUCGGAUUCUAGCGCCUCUAUCGAAGACUUCUGAAGAUGCGCACCAUUAACGCAUGGCUGAACAAGCUUCUGCAUCUAACAUCCAAGGACAAAGCCGAAAUACCGAAAUCAGCGGAAAUAUGUGGACUAUGCGAGCUCUGCGCACAAUGGAACUGUACAGCCGUGUUUCGUGGUAAAGAAUAUCCUGCUUAUGUGUAUGGAGUCAUCAAAGACGAUUCAAAAUACCAGCUCUGGGAUAUCCGCUCCCUAGAGACACUCAGACUUGCGACGACUUGCCCAAUGUGUAGCUUCUUUGUGGCUCUGCUUGUUGCCCGAGGUCAGAUCAAAGAAGGGGGUACCUCGGACUCAGAAAAAGACCUCGUUGUUCAGUUCAACAAGGGUCAGUUGGACAAGCACCACGGUGUUCUGUAUCUGCGAAUAAUCGAUCGACAAUCCGCCGAAGCAUCACAUUAUAGCCCUUUCUCUGAUUAUGACGAAGGGGCUUCUGUCCGCGGAUGGAUCGCUGUGUUGCCAGAAUCAUGUACAUAUUACGAAUGUGGAGGCAAGCUUCUCAAGCCGUACUGUAACUUCACAGAGUUAUCAUCGUGGGUAAGAGAUUGUGGGUCUCACUUCGAUUGUAGGAGGGGCCGCUUCGAGACAUACACAUUGGAAACAAUUCGGCUGAUAGACGUGAAGGCAAUGUGCUUGAACGUAAAGCUGUUACCAACAGAGUACACUGCCCUGAGCUAUGUCUGGGGCCCAUCCCACCUAACACAACUGAAGUUGCUCCAAAGAAACGUCAAAACGAUGUCAAAGCCCAACGCAUUGAGGAAACGGUGGAAACAGGUGCCAACAACGAUCAAGGACGCCAUCAGAGUUUGUAUCAAAUGCGGCAUUCAGUACCUCUGGGUCGACGCUCUCUGCUUGAUUCAAGAUGCGCCGGAUCUCCCACGACAUUUGGACAAAAUGACGGAGAUUUAUGACGCGGCUGUCAUGACCAUCGUAGCCGCUUGUGCCAAUUCAUCGUGGACAGGCCUUAGCGGUGUGUCGAUAGCGCGUCCUAUGUCGCAACAACGAAUGUCUAUCAGAGGCACGGCUCUGAUUGAAGCUUUGACACCACCAGGAGCUGCGUUGGAGAACGCACGCUGGACUCAGCGUGGCUGGACAUUCCAGGAACACAUAUUCUCCAGAAGGUGUCUGAUCUUCCUGAACGAUCGAGUAGUUUUCCAGUGUAAUCGGGGGUGGAACGACGAGAGCAUCAACUUCGACUACAGCGGGCGGCGUAUCUGGAAGGCAAAAGCUUCGAUUCGGAUGUCUUUGCCAGCGAGCCGAGAUAAUUUCGACUUCUUGUCCUUUGUAGAAUGCUUCUGCAAGCUUGAGCUUACAUACGAUUCCGAUGCUCUCAAUGCAUGCAGAGGUGUCAUAGCAUGGCUUGAGCAGAACGGCACACAGUUCUUCUGGGCCACACCUAUCAGCCGCAUGCUGGACGGUCUUGACUUCGAGAGUGAAGGAUUGGAGCGAAGGCCCGACUACCCAAGUUGGUGCUGGUUAGGUUGGAGGCGACCACACGCUCAAGGAAAGAGUUACCAGAAGUUUCAUGACCGCGGGCCCAAUAUUGAUUUAUACCCCUUGUGCGAGAUCGACAUCCUAUCGCUAAGAAAUGAUCACAAAAGCGACGCAUCCGGCUUUGAUACACGGCAGCUUUUAGCGAGUGAUUUGGACAAGCUUCUCGUAUUGGAUACUUAUGUUGCGAAUCUCCCAGAUCUGGAGGGGUCAUUAUCAUCUCGUGAAGAUUUGGAACACAGCGACUUUCGGCCACUCUUCUUGACCUACAAUGACCACGAGGCAUUCACGAUCGAAGUGGUGGGUCUUACGCAGGAGUUCUAUCGGGAAGAACAAGAAGGGCCCUUAUAUGUGAACUGCCUGAUCGUUAAGACAGACGUGCGGCGUGUAUCCGAGCGGAUUGGCGUGGGGCGGGUCGAGAUCUCCAAGUGGCUGACAGCUGAGGUGAAAGAACGGACCGUGUAUCUCAUCUGAAACUUGAAGCGUGCGGAAUACUUCGCCCCAGAAUAUCCGUGUAAAUACCAUGAGGUUUAGCGACGUAUCAUUUCUUGUCUGCACAUCCUUUGAAUAACACAAGUGCGCGCUGGGCGCGACAUGAACUCCCCUCACUGGUACCGGAGCCUAGCGCUGUAGCGAUCGAAG